GCAUUGUUGCGAUUGAUUUUGUAGUAAGCAACAGAGUAAAUUAAGAAAGCUGUGACUGCAAUAGUGGAUGGCUCGACCGGCAGCUCGCCGCGGCGCAAGGCGCAGCCGCGCCCGCGGCCUCCUGCUCCUCGCCGCCGCCGCCGCCGUGGCGGUGGUGGUGGUGGCGGCGGCGGCGGCGGCGGGUGAGGAGGAGCGCCACCAGCAGCAGCAGCAGCAGCCGGGAGGGACGUUCGAGUUCAACCUGCCUGGCCAUGGCAACGUCAAGGCCUCGUGGAGCGUGGCCGACGACGAGGAGAGCCGGUGGCUCGACCGCUUGGCCGCCGACGCCGAGUCGUCGUCGUCCUCAGCCUCGGCGGCGGGCGGCGGCGGCGGCCACCGUAUCCCCUUCGGCGACGACAGCGUCAAGUUCGGCAGCGACGCGUACGAGUUCAUCGCCGACCUGCUCAGGCAAGGCACCGACGACGGCGAGGGUGAGAAGCCGACGGGUUACUGGGAGAAGGUUGACGAGGAGGGGAGCCGGAUGCUGGACCGCAUCGCCGCGAACGCGAGACACCGGGCAGAGGCCAACGGCGACGACGACAGCAUUGGUGGCUUUGUUCACAACGUCUUCUCUGGCAAGUCCAAGCAGCACGGCGAGGAGCCGUCUCAUGUCGAGAGUGACAAGGAGUUCAGUAACAGUAAGCUCCCUCCUCAUGACGACAUGUAGGAGAAUGGUACUGCAACAAGUACUUGGGGUGUGUUGAUCCGUGGUGUCAACUGUCAACUGCUCAGCAGGAAGUUGGAAGGAAGCCUAUCUACUAAAGCAAGAAGGUUAACUUGCAUAAGCCUGAAGGUUUAGGAGGAUCAUGCUGUCAAGCUGAAUAAUUGUAGCAGUCUAGUUCAUGUCUUAGCUUCCUCUAAUUAUCACAAUCUGGAACGAGUGAAACUUGCACAAUCAUAUCACUGUGAUAUUUCAAUUUGCUUGCUACUAAAUUGAUGUGGGUUUUUAUUCAGGCAUGAUUAGAAGACAGUACUAGCAUUUCACAGGAUUUUAA